AUGCCAAAAGCCACGACAGCCAAGUCCGCGCGUGCGUACGUUCACCCGCUCGCAGCACUCGUCUUGAACAGCCACCUCAAAGACCACACGUUUACCAGAGUUCGCGAUUACCUGAGACUCUAUGCGGCAGAAUGUAGCCAACUAAACUCCAAGGCGCUGCGCUCCAAAACCAAGUUCGUGUUGGGGGAGAUUGAGCGAGAGCGCACGAGGCACCAGACCGAUGAGCCUUCCCACUCCACGGACGAUGCAUCGACCGCGCCAACCUCACCCUUGCCCGUUGACUUCAUACAACCCGUACAAGAAGAUGGGGAGCAGCAAGGUGGCGCGGAUCUCUACCGGGAGCUAGAUGGGAAACCGUUCCUCACGUUGAGGCCAGUGAGCUAUAGGAAUGUGCCGGUCUGCCCGAUGAACUGGCUCCACCCGAUCCCAUUCCUCUGGUCAUCCGUCCCCUCCUCGGAAUGGCCGAAGCUCUUGGGCCGCAACGCUGACGAUCUUCACCCUGGAGAAGCCCCCCGAGGUGCAUUUUACGGAAAACCAUCGCUGCCGUUCGAUCACUACUCUCCAUCCGCAUACAACACCCGCAAUUCCGACUUCAUCGCCUACGAACGGACCGAGACUGUUGUUGAGGUGUCGCGGCAGAUAUACCCUUUGAACUCGCAUUUGUCAAGAGCCAGAAGAGACACUAAAUCCAGUGGCGCUAGGCAACCCAAGAGAAUCAUGAGGGAUACGACUGCCCACGGCAAGCUGUGCAAGAACGCGUCUGUUGCAGUCAUCGCUCGCGCUAUCCUCGCCACUGGACGCUUUGCCUGCGUUCUUCCGGUCAUACUUACACCUGAUGACACAGGCGAGGAUAUCCCCCCCCAUUACGGUCUCUUCAUUGCCAAUCACUCGAAAGAAAUGACAAUAUUACCUCUCAAUUUAUGGUUCUUGGGCGCAGACGUUACCUCGCACGCGAGAAAGAAUGUCUCGAAAGUACCCUGGCGUCCUGAAGACCCGCGCAGCAACAACGUGUACGAAAAGUUUAAAGCUGGACCGAUUCUGCGUUGUGUAGAUGCGACUUUGGCUCGUAAGUGA